ACGAUACAGUCUAGUAUCAAGAAAAUUCCUAGAUCCUGCGUUCCGGAACAACAACUCAUCUCGUCAGCCAAAAGGACCCUGCCUGAAGGGCGCGGGUAGUAAUCGUCCCACGUGUUAUGAUCAGUUCUGCAAUACAGUCGGGAAUGAGCAUUUGAGAAACCAGUAGCUGAGUUGGAGACAGGAAACGACGAUCCUUGCUUCGUCCGCCCGACAAUGCCCGGAACUCUGCUGCAUGAGUGAACCAUGCCGUCCUCCGGCUUGCUUUCGCGGAAAGCUUUAGUUCAGGCAUAUGUUUGUGCAUUGCUGGUUGUAACACUACCAUUAUGUCUGGUUUGCGGGCAGACGCGGACGGUAUGUCCAAUAUCUCUCGCCCAGGAUGAAUUCCCAGGGCAACAUUCAGAGGCAAUGGUGCUAGCUGGGUUCGAUCAGCUGCGUCAGGUCCGGAAUAUAACUGGACAGAACGUGGCAGAGAAUUUUGAACUAUGUAUGAACCUAACCCUGCGUGGAACGAACACUACACUCCCUGAUUAUGCGGAAGUCAUAGUGGCAGAGAGCCAGCAAACAGUUGGCGAGCUACUGCAGCGCAUACCUGUAAUUCCUGCAACACACCCACACUGUUUGCUCUAUGUCCGCCAGCUUAUGUCCAUAUACGGGAACUGGACGAAAGCAACACUUUUGACAUAUUCACACCGCAUAAUUCGUGCCGAAGUACUUUUGACAUACCUCGACACGGCACUUCACGAGAGUAAGUUGGACGAUUGUGCGGCGGAGCGGGAAAGUCAAAUUGUAAGGGAUCCGCAGAUAACGGAACUGGGCCAAAUCCUGGCCCAACUACAAGUGGUGCUACAAUGGCUAGAGACUACAUGGCAUUUUUAUUCCGUGAUUGACGAAUCAGAGCACCUUGCACACGGCAUGCAGUCUAUCUGGGAUAUGCUGCCGACCAAAGAAGCAGGCUGGCACUUUGUUAAUGAUCCGUCGGAAACGAACCACUACCACUUGUUUGGUGUCCUUUCUUCCGCUCAGUGCAGCACGCUGGCGCGUUUUGAAGCUAGAUUCUGUGUCCACCAGGCCCCGUCCCUAACUGAGGGGUGUGCAGUCCAGCCGAACUCGACCACCAUGAAGACAUUGCAAUCCGUCCUGCGCUAUACCAAUCUCCUAACAGCUGCGGUUCGCCCACACGAGCUAGCACUAAGACAAUGGUUUCAGUUAGUAAGUCUUGACCCUGGCACGGCAAACGCAGGGCUUUGCACUACACAGCCUCCAGUUGGGGCUGCUACGCAGUCAGCAGCUGCGGGCGACUACCGUAACGGAACCCGCUGCCUGAACCUGGACUGUGAUUAUCCAUACACGAUGGUGCGUGACACUCGACUGCGCGACAAAAUUCUCACGCAUGACUUGCGUGAGCGAGUUCAAUUAGCCUUCACAGCAUCACCAUCGAUUGACGACAUACACAGCUGCGGACGAUCAUGCCUACGCGUGUUCUCACUGGAGACCAGCACAAUGGUUAUGGUCUGUGUGAUAGUCAACUACGUUCUGACAGCAGUCGGAUUGACCGUCUACUCCUACGCCAUUCUCGUGGUCUGCUAUAACUGGCGCAAGAUCUUCGAAACACUGCACUGGCGCGCUCUGAUCUAUGUCAACGCAUGCUUGCUGGGAGAGUUCGUGAUCGAGCGCCUCAACCUCUUUGCGCAGGCAGCCCGGAGUAUGUGUAUUGAUAACAACGCCAUCGCCUUCGCGAUACCGUACCAGACGGCAAGCUGGCACUGCAGGGUGUCGGCAACAUCGCAGGACAUCGUCAAUAUCAUAUUUCCGCUGUUCACUGCCUGGCAGGCGUUCAUCUGGUUCUCGUACAUUCGGCGCGUGACCAGCAUGCGCGUGGCAUUGACGUCCACCACCAAGAAGCGCUGGGCGAGAAUACUUCUGAUCGGCGAGGUGCUUGUUCUCCUGGCCGUCCUGCUCAUUAUCGUCAUGCCGUUUGCCCUGCGCAAGUACGACCACCUGGAAGUCGAUGCACAGCCGCUGGGCAUGCCCUGUGCACUGUUCGGAGCUUCGCCUUUCUACUGGUCGCAGUUCAUUGGCCUGGGCUUGCAUGUUAGUGGCCUACUACUGCUUGGUACUUCUCAUUACUUCUUCAUCAAGAGCUCAGUGGUGACGACCAAGAUCUGGAAGAUCCCGAUCAUCGGCAGCAGCUGGAUGCGUACACAGAGUAGCUUGCGCCACGACAAAGCUAAAACGGUCGAUCCGGACGUAGUCAUGCGUCAGACACAGAACCGAAUUGCCUUCUUCAUGGUGUUUGUCAUCUUGUAUCAAAGUGGUGUCUUCGUAGUAUCCUUUAUCCAAGGCAAUCUGAUUGACCCUGCCACUGCAGCAAAGUUUAGCCUUGAAUUCCACACAAAAACGCACUGUCAUGUAUUCAGCUGUUAUCCAAAGGAGUGUGCAACGUCCUACACCUUCACAGAGGAUAUACAGCAAACAUUCUUGCCACGCUUAGUCUACAAAAUGGUGUUCAAUGCUCUUGGGCUGUGUCUUCUGUCCUUCCUGGCUUUCCCGGGCUUUGUACAACCAUGGACUUUGUUCUGCGUGAAGUACGGGCCCGAGGAUUAUGGCAAGAAGCAGACCAAGCCAAGCAAAGAUCAUUGGGAAGCAAAACUGGCCAAGGCUAAUUCGAUGGAGAGCAUCGUAUCCAGGAAAAGUGCCUCAGACCGGAAACUCACUCCAAGGGCUGUUCUGACAGUGGCACAAACAUCGCUGUCCAUGCUUCCAGAAGAUCAGAGUGGGAUUUUGGAAACGCCCUCGUCGCCAAGAUCCGAAACGAAACGAGAUCUGAUAUCCUAUUCUACGCAGUGUACUGUGCCUACAUCCGGAUCAUCACCCGCCAUCUUGGGUGGUAACCAUGGCCACCAAGUAGUCAUCGAGGGGCCAUCGGAUGACGGUCGCGAGCCAUCUGCAGACCCACCAACAAGCACAAGUAGUGGCCUAAUCGCCUCUAAACUCACGGCAAGUGUGCUGCGGGCGAGUUUGAGCAUAGAAGCUGCUACCAAGUCCACAUCAUUGCCUUGGGUAGCCCUAAACAGACGCUGCUCGUCCGAAGACGAGGACAUCGCGUUUAAUUAUAGUGAGAGUAAUAUUUAUGCGAACCCUUUGAAGAAAGCUGACGGGAACGAUGCGGGUGCUUGCAAUUCUGCAAGCCAGAACAAAAACGAGGUGCGGGAAAGUGGUUCUAUGGAAUCGUUCCAUAGCCAAGCUCCUAUCUCCCACUAACACAUUUUUCUCGUAGCCUUCCUUGCUGAAUAUGUAUGGUAGGUGUUAUUGGCAUGUGUGUGCAGUGGUUUACAGCAGCCAAGAACACACAUGGAUUAGUCCCUCCCCUUUCAUCGUGGUGCUGGCGCCAUCUAACCCCCCCCCCCCACAUACACAUACAGAACACUGUAUAUCACCAGUGCCUUCCCCAAUGGUUUCUCUUCACGGCAGCCGCGAUAUCUUCGUUCUCGCUGUAUUUGACUCCCUGCUGAAUUUAAUCCAACAUGAUACGUGCCCUUCAAAAGAAGUACAUGCAUUUUUACUGUUGAUUCGAGCGCGGUGAUUUGACGUUAACACUGUUGUUCCAUGUUGGUAGUCAACUGUUACUACAGCUGCUUGCCUUUUCUCUUCUGCGAAACCAGAGUUACCACUGUUAUUAUGGAAGCAAGAGCGCUUUGCUGGUCUGAGUGCCUUUGUCCCACUUGCAUUAUACUUCCUGCUGAUAGCAGCACUUCAGAGUAGAAUUUGUCAUUCGGAGAUGAUUGAAGAUUCAUCAGUUGGACUAGAUUUAAUCUUUAUUUUGUGCUACUUUCCUAGAACAAGUUGAGUUCCUCGUCGAAUUAGCAGUCGAGUUUUUGAUCCGGAUAUCUCCUUUCCUUUUAGGUUCUCAAUAUAAGUGUAUUAUUUAGCUGCACUAAGCACUCUAUUCACAUACUAUAUUUUCAUUAGUACUAUUAGUAUUAGGCACCAGUUAGCCACAUUAGACACCCUUAGCAAAAAACGUUAUGUUGUAACGGUAUUAUCGUAAGGGGGAAAUACCGUGAUUUGGGUUCGACCUUUAGCAAGAUGCACGCUAUUUUUAGUACGCCGUUGCCACGAGAAUAGCUUUGAUUUCGCGCGGUACGACCAUUUUUGUCACCAUAUACGCAAUACAAGGUGAAAUGCGUACGGACUAUGCAAUAUUUGGCCAAAACGCGUACCGUUGGUCACAACGAUAAAUGAGCCCCCAUAACGUUUAUACGCUGCAGCUUCAACGCUAUUUGGGUGAUCAAGGUACGAGUACCGUAAAAAAAUAGCGUUACCGUUGUUUGCUAAGGGUGUCUAUUAUGAGGAGCUGCUGACGCUAUUGUGUUAUAACGAUAGAAUCAUUUCAGCAUGAUUAAGUAUGGCCUGUGGACCGGAGGUUAU